GCAGUGUGGGAAUUUUUUGGGUGAAGAUGCUAGCGGGGGUUUCAGUUUUUUUGCACACUGAGAAAUAUGAUAGUCUUUAGGCUAUAUAUUUCCGACAUGAUACUAGUGCCACAGGACUAGGUGGGUUCACUUUGUGGGUGUAAAUAUGUAAUGUGAGCAUUGUUUUAAGGUUAAACUUGCACAAUAUUAGCAUUUUGUCAUUGUUAAUUCUGUAUCCGGUGUCCAAAUCGGUGCUUUAUAGUCGUUAAAUUACUAUACGAAACUUUAAUACAACUAGUCCUUUUGAUCGAAGUAGUUGUCGCAUCAUGAUACGUCAUCAGCCGCGACAUUAUUAUGCUACUAUUCUAUGCUCGUUUUGGAACUUCUAAGGCAAACUGGCUACUUUAACACGGUUUAAAUCCGAAUGUAUUAACACUUAUGCACCAGCUAAUAAUUGAAUUUAACAGACUGAAGUUAAUCAAUACGAAGUACGUAACCGGAAGUUGUCGUUUGCUAACGUCCGAAGCAUCACUGUAGCGCGUACAGAGCAUUAUUGAGAAGAAAAAAUUGUAAUUUUUAUAGCUCAUUGGAGCACACUUUACUGUGCCAGUUGUGUAUUUAACACCUAAAUAUGUGAUUUUAUCUAAAAAAAAACACUUCUAAGAUUGAUAAGUGAACAGUGCGCGCUCGUCGUUGACGUCAUCACCCAGCGACAAUGUUAUAAUACGACUGUUCGCUCGUAUUCGAGUCUAACGCACAAACUAGGGAAUUUAAAUAAAUUGCAUAUUGUCAUGUGGUACUUACGUUGAAAAUAUAACAAAUCUGGUAUGAGCAGUGCAUUAUUUUAACAGGUACUAUGUAUGUAGUUGCCGGUGAAACGUCAUCAUCCAGCGACAAUAUUUUUGUCUCGUUUUCGUGCUCCGCACCAAAUUCUGGAUUUUACGAUUACUUUUACUACCGGAUUAAGGUUGGGUAAACAAAUGAUUCCACUUUUAUACAAAAAUAGGACACACCGGAAAGUUAUCCAGCAAAUUGAAUUAAAUGUGAACACGUGUUUCCCUGUUGUGCAUCUAUUAAUCUUAAAAGAUGCCUAAAUUAUUCGAAAUAAAAUACCCAGAAGGAUGUAAAACCAUCCCCGAAGGCUUCUGGUCGGCUGUGGACGUGUGGAUUAAAAAGCCUCAUGUAGUCAACAAGCGGCUAUGCGGGGUAAAAGAGACGGAAAGUCGACAUUUGGCAGGUGAAGCAUUGAGUUUGGUGCUAGGCGAUAAUGAGGAGCUCCCCGAUGAUGUGUUGAACUUCAUCAUCACCAGCUCGGCAAUCACACGUAAACACACACUUUCCUACCAUAUAAGGACUUUUAUUCCAAAAGUUAAUAUCUAUGGGACACACCUACGCAAGGAGGUUGUUGUUAAAGAUUUUGACCGCCAGCAAGUGACAUUUCUUCCAUUUGAGGAGGACGAAAAAGGGAAAGUGACUUUGAAAAAGUGCAACAUUUACCAGAUUCAGCUACACCUUACGAACUUCAUGCAAUGGCUGUUGGAGCUGCACGUGUUUACGGCGGACACUGAGUGGCACUGUGACGGCGUGGCCUACCCGAGGCUGUCGUGGCUGUCCACCGAGCUGCUGCCCAAGCUGCUGCGCUGGUCCACGGAGUGCAGGAGCGGCGACUUCACCAGCACAUUGUCUCUGCUGCCUGUGGAAAAAUACAGCUUGACAUACCAGCAACUCAAGGACAAGUACAAGGCCAUGGUCAAGGUUUGGCCUGAGGUGACGGAUCCAGAGAAGUUUGUUUACGAAGACGUGGCCAUCGCCACGUAUCUCCUGGUACUUUGGUCUGAGGAGCAAACAGAACGCGUUCUGAAGAUGAAACAAUCCUUCGUAGACCUCGGCUGUGGAAAUGGUCUACUAGUGCACAUUUUGAUAAACGAAGGGCACCCUGGCAAGGGCAUCGAUGUUCGUAAGAGGAAGAUCUGGGACAUGUAUGACUCCAACACGUUGCUGGAGGAACAAGCCAUCACUCCCAGCGAGAGCUUCUUAUUCCCAGAUACUGAUUGGCUAAUUGGGAACCACUCUGACGAGCUGACACCGUGGAUCCCCGUCAUUGCGGCCAGGUCGUCUUAUUCCUGUCGCUACUUUGUUCUCCCGUGUUGCUUCUUUGACUUCUUUGGCAAAUACCAGCGGCGUCACAGUCAAAAGUCGCAGUACAAGGAAUACAUCGACUUCAUUGCAGACGUUAGCCGAGUCAGCGGCUUUGACACGCAGGUGGACUGCCUCAGGAUACCCUCCACCAAACGGGUGUGUCUGGUAGGCAGGUUGCGUAACUACCAAACGUCCGACGAGGCUCAGGCGGAAGACCGGCGAGCUCGUUACAUCCAGAGCCGAGUGUCAGAGGUCGAGACCGAUGCCGUGAGCAGCAGCUGGGGAGCCGGGUUCCAGCCUCGAGAAAAGGUGGAAGUCGUGCGAAACUGCGGCGCUCUUUCUCGGGACUUUGUGGACGGUGUGGUCCUCCGGGUUGCCAAUGCUCUGCUGGGGAUGACUGUGGAUGAUGGGCAGAGUUCUUCUAGCAACUGGAACACAGGAGGCAGCUUGUCGCUGGGUGACGUGGCAUCGUUGUUGCGUCAGGAUACGCUCCAGCAGCUCAAGAAGGAAUGUGGCGGCCUUCAGACCCUCCUGAAAAACAACCAUCAGGUUUUUCAAGUGGAAGGCGGAAGGGUCCACAUACGAGAUUGGCGGGACAGGAGGCCCCCCAGGUCGGGUGCCAAGAAGAGACCUGUGGCCCCUGGUGCCCUCAAAACGCGGCCCUGCUGGUUUCACAGCCAUCACCCUCAAGGCUGCCCCCUACUGGCACAAGACUGCACCUUCGCUCACGGCGGCGACGACCUGCGACCUUCUACCAGACCUCAGAAGAAAAGCAAACGUGACGUUUGAGUAUUGCUUAUUUAUUAAUCAUCCACAAUUUUUCUUCUAACAAUACAACUUUUUUUUUAUUAACAAAAUAUAUUUUUUAAAGUCUGAUUCCAACUUUUCUCAUAAUGUUAUAAAUCUAGUUCUUUAUCAUUUUUUACUUUAUUGUUAAAUUUCAGCUGCUCAUAGUAGUCAUAAAGUGCACCACCUUUCACGUGAAGGACAACACAGUUCAAAUUUCCAACUUUUUUCAUAAUGCUACAUAUCUAAUUCUUAACGGGAUAGUUGGGAUUUUUUGGCUAGUAAAAAUGUACGCGAUGCACAUAAGCAUGUGCAGAUGCGCCACAGACGCAUACGUCAUAUCCGGUUAGGUAUGCUAAACAUGAAUAAAGACAAUAUAAACACAUAAAAUGCAGUGAUAUUUGAAUAGAAACAAUCACCAACAAUGCAAUGUAAUGGAUUCAAGUAGAGGAUUCAGCUAGUAUCCAAACAUAGCUUGCUGGCAAAUGCUUUUGUCUGUAUUUUGUCAGUGGCAAAAAAAAAACCCCUUCAAAUCUUGGUGCCUGACGUUUAUGCUCUGUAACUGCCGUAAAACAGAUCUGCAGAUGACAUAGUUUUCACGUGUGUAGGUACAAGUCGGCUUGCCCAACACGUGAUUGCUGAAAAAUAGCCCGACCGGAUGUAGACGUGUUCUGCACAUACGUAGAACCGAUGCCGUUUCCGGUACGGAUUGCGUAAUGACACACACUGCACUGCUGAUGGGGAUGUCAAACAGCCUCAUGCGUUACGAAGCGACUUACUUCUUGUAAAUUACAACUUUAUUCUUGUUAAAUCGCAGCUUUAUUUUUGCAAAAUGGUUUACUGUUUACAUGGACGCACGGCAACUGAGUGGUUAGCAUGGCGGCCUCGCGGUCAGGAGGUUGAGUGUUUGAAUCUCCCGUUUGGGCGUCUUUGUAUGGAGUUUGCAUGUUCUCCCCCGUGCAUGCGUGCGUCUAUUGUACUGCGUGUACUCCGUCCUCCUCCCAAAUAUUCCUCCAAAAAUGUUCAUAUUAGAUGUACUGGAUGUCUGUGGUUGUCUAUAUGUGCUCUGUGAUUGGAUGGCAUCCAGUCCAGAGUGUACCACACCUGGAGGGAUGUUUGGUUUUUUUUUCUUGUAAAAAUGUGUAAUUCUUUUGAAUAAAAGCAACGUGGUAAAAAUUCUGACUUUUCUCCAAUCUAGCGCUGUAAAAAAUUGGGAUUUCUGUCUUUAAAUUUCAGCUGUAUUUAAGAUGUUUUGCAUAAAACAACAUAGUUAAAAUUUCAACAUUAAUUAACAUUACAAAUCAAUUCCUUUCAAAAUUGAACUGAAUUCCUGUAACAUUGCAAUUUCAAAAAAUACAGUGGAACCUUGG